AUGGACCAGUUUGCCACAAGCUCUGCCAAGUUGAAAGCGGUAUUGCCAGCGUGCGCUGAAACUCACAACGCCACUGCCUUUUUCAAAUUCACAGGCGACGACCACACGGUAUAUUUGCAAACUAUCGACGGUGUAAGCCUGAGGGAUAUAGACGAGCUCGGGAUGGACAAUCGAGAGGGCAAUGAAAGAGUUGCAAAGGCCGAUGCCUUCAUGCGUUGUAUAUGGGAUAGUGGUGCUGAUUGUCUGUUCGCUCCGUCAGAAAACACGAUAAAAUAUGAUGAAGUGAUGAACGAUACUCCAGAAAGCUGGGCCCAGGCUGCUGAGGGAGCAGCAGAUUCGUACUUUCGAAUGCAGCAGUAUGUGAACCAUCAUCAUCCGGAAGCCUGCAUUCCCUGUGAAUCGGAGCCACUAUAA